CCUCGCUGCACGCCGGUACAGAUGUUUGAGGCACUCUGGGAAAUAUCUGUGGCAAUGCAGCGGAGCAUAUUACCAGAUAUAUUCCCGAGGUCUUCCAGUAUUAGCAGGAAACGCUGGGGAAGCUGGUAAUCAGGUCACGUGACUGGCAAGAGCGCGUGAGAGAAGAAAGAUCGUUUACAGGCGAAAAGCAGUAAGCAGCUACAGAAAGGAUUGAAUAUAUUCGCAGACACACCAAACUGACAUUCCUUGUGCUCUUGGUUUACGAUUGCCUGUGGAGUUCGGUGCAUUUUAUAAAUAAUAAUAUAUAGAAGAAUGUUAUUUUUUUUCCUUUACAAAAAUUUCGAUUCUAAAUGAGGCUGUGAUGUAUCGUUUGUGAUUUCGUAGAUGUAAGGAGCGACAACGCCCGGGUUUUUAAAGACAGUAUCAAGAAGACGUUGAUAUACUGACCUCGAAACAGACUAGUGCUAAAAGACUGGGGGAUGUUCCGGGUUUUGUGAUAGAUACAAAUUUCGCUGUGUAUGGUGAUGUGUUCCGCGUCUGACUAAAGUGGAAACGGUUGAAUUGGAUUUUGACUAAAGUUUGUUACACAAUCUCGUGUACGUCUAACUGCACCUGGAAUCGUUGAAUCCGUUUUAACGUAAUUCACAUUUCGAUUUCGUUGUGGUUUGUGUUGCAAACUGUUUUGAUCUAAUAUUUGUCGCUGAUACAAAUUUAACAAAACAAAAAUUGUUGUGCUAGAAAUUUUAUUUGUCUAGUACUAAACUCAUACGUUCGUAGACACCAAUUAAAACAGAAAAAAGGGGGGAAAACCAUCCAUUACUUAAAAUUGUUCUUUGAAUUUGUUGCAUGCUGUUAUUGCUUAAUUCGUACAUCUCAGUGACGAAGGAAGGGAAAAAACCGAAAAAAAACCAGCAAUCCUCUUUAACGUCAAUUCGUAGAUUUAUCUUUUGCUGUUGAAGAAAAAAGGGGAGAUACUUUAGGACUCCAUGGAAUAAUAGUUCUUUGGCUCUCCUAUAAUUGACGUCUGUUUCCGACGUCUAUCGGUUUGACGUCUAUCGUUGUUUAACGUCUGCUAGUGUUUGACGUCUGCUAGUGUUUGUCGUCUGCUAAAGUUUGUCGUCUGCUAGUGUUUGUCGUCUGCUUAUUUCAUCUGUCGUCUGCCGCUGCUUGGACAACACACUCAAGAACUCAAGAUGAUGACGAGUUGCUGUGCGAUAUUUGGACUCGUGUUUUUGGUGAUCACCAACUUGGCGAUCAUCAUCGCGUUCGCCACGCCCUACUGGCUCGAACUGAGGUCGCCGUACAGCUUCACUGGAGGAGAAAACCGCGGGCUGUGGGCAUACUGCAGCGACGAGGCGUGCACGUGGGUGUUCCAAGACCACUCUAUCUGGAGACAGCGAGAGAGCGGUUGGUGGAUCGCCACCCAGGCUCUGAUGUCCGUUGGACUCGCUCUGGGACUGAUGUCGCUGCUGUUCGCCACGCUGGCGCUGUGCUGUGAAUGUAGGGGAUGUAACUGCAGUCACGCCAUUGCCGGCUUGCUCAUGAUCGCCUUCCUUGUUCUGGGAACGAGCGUCGUGGUGUUUGGAAUCAACGCACACAGCGACUCGUCGUUCAAAGCGGAGAUUAACUGGACUAAGCAUGCUCGGGCUCGCUUUAGCUGGUCGUUUUGGCUUGGGGUCGGCUCGUCCGGUCUCGCCUUUCUCACGUCACUCAUCUACGCCUGUGAAGGGAGGCAAUCCAGACGUCACUAAAUAAAAAUGGAUGAUCACCUGAAA